AUGCCUGCCAAAAUACAUAUUUCAGUCAACGGUGAGUUUUGCGAUAAAGAAGGUAACGUGAUCCAAUUGCGAGGAGUCAAUUUGGAUCCGUCGAUUAAGAUUCCCGCCAAACCGUUUUUGUCGACCCAUACUCCCAUCGUGGACGACAAAUAUUUCGAAGAUGCUGAUAAAGUCAGUUUCAUCAAUCAUCCCUUAGUUUUAGAAGAUGUGGAAGAACACAUUAUCAGAUUGAAGUCUUUGGGGUAUAAUACCAUCCGUUUGCCCUUUACUUGGGAAUCGCUCGAGCACGCAGGUCCAGGACAGUACGAUUAUGACUAUAUGGACUAUAUCGUGGAGGUACUAACCAGAAUAAACAGCGUCGAACAAGGAAUGUACGUUUACUUGGAUCCUCAUCAGGACGUUUGGUCUAGGUUCAGCGGUGGAUCUGGUGCGCCACUAUGGACGCUUCACUGCGCAGGUUUCCAGCCUGCAAACUUUCAGGCUACUGAAGCAGCAAUAUUACAUAACUACUACAUCGACCCAAAAACAGGCAGAGAAAUCGGCAAAGACGAAGAGUCAUACCCUAAAAUGGUUUGGCCCACCAACUAUUUCAAAUUGGCGUGUCAAACAAUGUUCACGUUAUUCUUUGGUGGGAAGCAGUUUGCUCCCAAGUGCAUAAUCAAUGGAGAAAAUAUACAAGACUAUUUGCAAGGGAAGUUCAAUGAUGCCAUCAUGACGCUGUAUGCGAGAAUAAAAGAUAAAGCUCCUGAGUUAUUUGACAACAACUGCAUAAUCGGAUUAGAGUCUGUAAACGAACCGAACUGCGGUUACAUGGGGGAAGCAAAUCUUGAUGUAAUUCCGAAAGAGAGAAACUUGAAGUUAGGGAGAACCCCCACGGCAUUUCAAAGUUUCAUUCUGGGUGAAGGCAUUAAGUGCACUGUGGACCAAUAUAAAAGAACAUUUUUCGGGUUCACUAAGGGAAAACCGUGCACUGUCAACCCUGGCGGCAAGAAGGCUUGGUUGAGUGCGCAGGAAAGAGGUACAAUAGAUGCGAAAUACAACUGGGAAAGAAAUCCUGAAUGGGAGCCCGAAACGUGCAUUUGGAAACUGCAUGGCGUCUGGGAAAAUCAUCGAAGUAGGGGCCCCGUCUUACUCAAACCAAAUUAUUUUGGUCAAGCCAAUGAAACGGUUUUCAUUAAUAACCAUUUCGUUGAGUAUUAUACCAAGAUGUAUAACAAGUUCAGGGCCAUUGAUAAAGAAUCAUUCGUUUUUCUGCAACCACCAGUAAUGAAACUGCCACCUAAUUUGCAAAAUUCUACUCUCUUGGACGAUAGGACAGUAUGUGCAUGCCAUUUUUAUGACGGGAUGACACUAAUGUAUAAAACGUGGAAUAAAAGAAUCGGCAUAGACACAUAUGGUCUGGUGAAUAAAAAAUAUUCAAACCCUGCCUUUGCUGUGGUUCUUGGUGAAAAUAACAUACGGAAAUGUAUUAGAAAACAAUUAGCAGAGAUGAAAAAAGACGCUAAAUCUAUGCUUGGUGAAAGGGUGCCUGUCUUUUUCACUGAAAUUGGUAUACCAUUUGACAUGGAUGACAAGAAGGCAUACACUACUAAUGAUUAUUCUUCCCAAAUUGGUGCUCUGGAUGCUCUUGGGUUUGCGUUGGAAGGAAGCAAUCUUUCGUACACAUUGUGGUGUUAUUGCAGUACCAAUUCGCAUGAAUGGGGGGACAAUUGGAACAAUGAAGAUUUCUCCAUUUGGUCCCCAGACGACAAACUGCUGUACCGUGAAAAUCGAUCAAAGACACCAACACGGGCACCAUCUCCAACGUCCACAACGGAUUCCAUAUCUACCUCCAAAUCAAAACUAAAUUCCUCCUCACAACCGCCAAGUUUUAUAAAGCUUGAAAGUAACUUGGACUUGGAUAGCCCAUCAUGCAGUCUAGAGACAGACUUGUCAGGGUACAGGGCUCUUGACGCAAUUAUGAGACCAUUCCCGAUAAAGAUACACGGGACGUUUGAAUUUGCUGAGUUUAAUUUACAUAACAGAACAUACAUUUUGAAAAUAGUCGGUAAAACGGGAAUGACGACGGCCACUACACACAUAUUCUUACCUCGUCAUCAUUUUGCACUUAACCGUUUAUCAAUACGCUCGUCAUCAGGCCAAUACACUUACAAUGCAGACUACCAAGUUCUUGAAUGGUUUCAUGAACCUGGUCAUCAGUACAUUGAAAUAUGUUUAAAAUCCAAAUCUAGGAGCAGUACCCCAGUUAGCGAUGAUUCAAACGACUUGCCGGCGGAUUGCAUUAUUAGCUAA